AUGUCCUCAAACGAAGGAAAGGUUGCUGUUGAUUUGACCGCUGGAAUAGUCGGAAGGUGGAAAGAGACGUAUCAAUGGAUACCGAUUUUCGGAGCUUUAGCUACCGUUGCUAUGGCAUUUUCUGCUGGUGCAAACAAUCUCACAGCUCCGUUUUCAACACCAGUAGGAUCAGGAGCAUUGACUCUUUUGAAGGCCUCAAUAAUCGCUUGCCUAAUCUAUGUUCCGGGAGCUGCCUUUACAAGCAAAAGCACUGUCGAUUCUUUAUUUUCUGAUUUUCUCAAAGAAAGUCAACCAGACGCAGGAUUUUUGAUGUGGAGCCUGGUAGUUGCUCUAAUCACGGCAGCGAUCUGGCUUGCAGUUGCAACCUAUUGGGAGUUACCGGUCUCAUCUCAGCAGUCAAUACAGAGUGCCCUGUUAGGAACCAUCCUUGUCACUGAAGGUUUUGGCUACAUACCCUUAUGGAACAAGAGUGAAAAUCACAAUUUUAAUGGUGGAGGACUCCUCUGGAUAUCUCUUGAAUGGACAGUAGCUCCAUUAAUCGCCUGCCUAUGCUCCUACAUCUUCUUCAAACUCUUGAGGGCGUUUCUUCUUCGAUCAGAAGAUGCAGAGAAAAGGAUUCUCAUUUUCCUACCUAUCGACUACGGAAUAUCUACCGGACUACUUUGCCUCUUUGUCAUAUUUCAGAUCAAUGGAAACAUUAUAUUUAUCAAUACGUGGCUUGCAAUAGUUACUGUUUUGGUUGCUACACUGGUUGGAACGAUAUUGUCAUUGGUUGUGAUAGUUUCCUUGACCAUAAAGAAGUCCAAUGAUAUUCCAAAUUGUAAGUCCAAUAAGAAAAGCAGAUCGAUCGAUCAUCAAUGCAUAGAAAUUCAGGAUAAAACAAGUUCAAUAAAAGAUGACGAGAAGAACCACGAAGAUAUCGAAGAAAUGUUGAGGGAUUUUAUGCAGACGAGAGUUCUUGAGACAGUAUAUGAAGAGGAAGAGAGGAGUUGGGACUCACCGCUACCGGAUAAGAUCCAUGAUUCUCAACAGCAAAUUCAAGAUUUUCAGCAGACACAAUCAGUCACUCAGAAAAGUUCUACAGGUCAAUUAACACAAUUCAAACAGUUGCUUGAAUCUACUCCAAAUAGGUUGGUUCAAGCAAGGAACUUCCAGAGGAUUGAGAAAAGAUCAUUAACGUCGGAUGCCUCUACAUAUAUCAGAAAAUUUGCGGUUUCGAUUAUACGCCCUGUUAUAGAGUAUGACAGACGAACUCUUGUUCGACAUGCUUUAGCUGAAAAAUAUGAUGAAAUGGAAGAUUUCUUCAGCUUCCCACACCUCCUUGCUUCAUGUAUCUUCGCGUAUGUUUACUCUGUCUCUGAGGUUGCUGCCAUUGCAAGCCCAUAUGCAGCUAUCCUUGAUGUGUUUGAUCAUAGAAUUAAAUAUCUACGAAAUGGGGAAGAUGUUGAGUAUGUGCAUGUGAAAUGGUGGUUUAGAGCAAUUAGCGGACUAGUUGCCGCGAUGGGAUUUUUCCUCUGUGGAUGGCGCUUGACUCGAUGCCUAGGUGGGAAGCUAACUUACAUGAGUAACUCAAGAGGGCUGGCAUCACAGCUUUCCUCUGUGACAGCAGUGAUGAUGGUCACUAGAAUGAAUCUUCCUGCUUCAAGUAUACAUGCUUUUGUUGGAUCUCUUUUAGGAGUCGGAAUGGUCGAUGACAUUCGGAAUGUUAAUUGGAAACUUGUGCUCAAGUUCCUAGGUGGAUGGAUCCUAACAGUGAUAUUCUCUUGUGGGAUUGCUUAUGUGAUCUUCUCAGCGUCUGUACAUUCACCAGGAUAUGUAGUGCCCUGA